AUGCCUUCACCAACUCGCUCAUCACAUCGAGCUACCUCUCCUGCACCAAGCUCAAGUCGCCCUCACCGCAGCCGCCACAGCCGUUCCCACCGUCACCGACCCAGAGAGAGCUCGCGCUCGCGCUCUCCGCACCGAUCAGACAGACACCGAUCAGACCGCCACCACCGCCGUAGCGAAGACAAAGAGCGCGGGCACCACGAGCGACGACACAGAGAUGUCCCAGCGAAACCAGUCGUGCUUCCUUACCAAGCGCGCGAGCUCUCAGGGCGCGACCUGAAGGUUUACGAGCCUAUGUUUGGCAUGUACUUGGAUAUCCAGAAAGGAAAAUAUAUCGAAGACAUGGGUGAAGAUGAGGUGAGAGGGCGAUGGAAGAGCUUUACGCAAAAAUGGAAUCGCGGAGAACUCGCGGAGGGGUGGUACGAUCCCAUUACACUCGACAAGGCACGUCGGAAUGCAGAACGAGAACAGGAAGCUGGCCCGAGAGACGGACGCGAGUCGCCUGAUUAUACGCACGGCGAGCGAGCGACUGAAGCCCCGCAGAACCCGCCAGCAGGCGAUGAUGAUGACGAUGAGGAUGAAUACGGGCCUAGUCUGCCACAACCUGGUUCAGGGAGAAGCGGUCCACAAGCGGGCCCUGCGAUCCCAACUAUGCAAGAUCUUGAGCUUAAAAGAGAAUCUGCUAUUGAGGAUGCCAUCGCUGCCCGCAGUGAAUCACGCGAUCAGUACCGCGCUGAAAUUCGUUCGCAUAAAUCUGCAUUACGUCAACUCGAAGACGAGAUUGCGCCGCGAGCUGAGGCAGGUACGCGAGAGCGACAGCUCGAGAAGAAGCGAGAAGUUGCUGCGAGUAACCGUGCAUUUGCGGAGCGCGGUGGUUCGCCCGACCCAGCUCGGGAUGAGGAUUUAAUGGGUGGGGGCAAUGAGCUUGAUGCCUUGAAACGGGAGAAGGAGAAAGAUCAGCGUAAGAAGAACGAUCGUGAGAUCCGAAGAGAGGAGAUUCUUCGUGCGCGUACAGCAGAGCGAGAAGAACGUGCGCAAGCGUAUCGACAGAAGGAACAGGAGACUAUGAGUUUCUUGCAAGCUCUAGCGAAGCAGCGAUUUGGCUGA